UAUAUAAGCAGCGUGGUUUCGUUGUCGAAUAUUCCUGUACUGCUAUUCAAUUGCCACACUGUUCAACUAUCCAUCGAACUUCUCGAGAACAACAAGCAUCUGCACAAUCUCAUCGACUAUGUCCUUAGCUGCCACUCCCCUAGACAAUGCUCCAUUUGGCGCUGUUAUUCGCUUACCUGAAGGUGUUACCGAUCCUUCAAAGUUGAGUCCAGACGACUUCAAGUUGUUGGAGAAGGCCUUGCAUACCUACUUGGUUGUUGUUAUUCCCAAUCAGAAGGAUCUAUCUCCCAAAUCCCAAUUCGAAUUGACCACCAUGUUCGACGAAACAUGCAAUAAGACCAGUCAAAGCUAUGGUCAUGGCAAAACUUUUAGACAUGAAGACUCGGUUUUGAAGAAAGAUGGUACAACAGUCCCCAGCCAACCACAGGUUCAGGUCAUUGGCAAUGGCUAUUGGUCUGACCACCAUGGGUUGGACAAUUUCAAAUUGACCCAGCCAUCUCAAAGAACUUUUCACCAUAAAACUUUAACAGCCAAUGAGUUGGAAAAUAAUCAGACAAGAUUUUAUAGAUGGCAUAUUGAUUCUGCUUUGUAUGAACUAUCUCCUCCAAAAUGCACCACUUUAUUGGGUAUCCAUGUUCCUAAUUCUGAUGAAAAGCAAAAGAUUAUUUACGAGGAUACAAACGAGGUGUUGGAAUUGACUAAAGGCGCAACUGCAUUUUUGAGUGGUAAAACUGCAUUUGAUUCAUUAUCUCCUGAAGACAAAGAGUUGGCGUUAAAUACAACUGUUGUAUAUGCUCCUCACCCAUACAUUUUUAUUUCUCCCGCCAGGGCCACAUCUGAUGGUAUCACCAUGGUCAGUGAAAAUAAAGAAAGAUCCUUUGGUGAUUUACCCCCAUGGGAGGAAUCAAAAGUGAAAAAAUUGCCCAUGGUAUGGACCAAUCCCACAACCGGCAAACAACACUUACAAUUCCAUGGCUGCUGUGCUUAUAAAUUGAUCAACAACAAAACUGGUAAGGAGACCCCAUUGGAAGAAACAAGAGAUUUAUUGCAAAGACUCUAUAGACCAGCUAUCUCUCCCGAAAACAUAUACUGUCACUCUUGGAAAGAAGGCGAUUUGGUUAUUUUCUAUAACAGAGGUGUCUCCCACUCAGUAACUGGUGAAUUUGCUGAAAAAGAUAAGAGAUUAAUGCAUCAAUGCAAUAUUGCUUCCGGUGAAGACCCAGUCUGCGUUAAAUAAGCAACGAAAAGUCACCAAGCCUUCCAAUUUCCUGUGUUCUAUCCAAUCUGCCGAUUUCUUAUUUCCUAUUCUUCUCUUAUAUUCUUAUAUAUACACAUUUAUAAUAUAAUUUAACGUAACAUGGCGUGGCAUGGAAUACCAAAUACCAACCCAUUGCUCAUUGUAUCUGUACCAAACUAAUUUUGUUCUUCUCUCGCUGGUUUUACUUCCCAUUUCCAUCCAUUUCCAUCCAUUUCCAACGCUCACCCCAGAUCUGGCUUCGCGUGCUAUCGCCCACAACUUCGAUAAAACUGGAAGAAAAGCCCCCAUUGG